UACGAGUGGGCGGGGCCACGCCGAAUGCCAGUACGUGAUUGGUCAGUUGUAGCUUGACCUUUCGUCAUCGCAGACACUGUUAGCUAAAGGCUAAACGCAAUGGACCGGCUAGAAGCGGCAGCCUGGAAGCCACCUCGUGCCUGUGAUGACUACUUGACUGAGUUCAAACACUGCAAAAGUCUGUGGAACCGUUUUCAGCAGUAUUACACUUACGGCACAUCCCCGUCCUGCCAGCAGUGGAAAGAGGAUUACUACACUUGCAGAGAAUGGGAGAAACACCAAAGUACAGAGGCCAAGGAGCUGUUACAGGGGAGCGAACAGAAAAGAGUGGCAGAGCAGAGAAAGUUCACCCCAGUUUGGGAACUGAGACAAAACCCUCCCAGAGACUGGCAUAUGCCCCUGAAUCAGGAAAAGCCUCAGGACUCCUGAACAUUGCGUCGGCAAAGUGCUCUCUUGGCACGGCGCCAUGGCAGCCGAACCAAAUUCAAAGUAACAUUCAAGAUACAUUUCACCACCUUGACAUACUAAUUUCCUGAGUGACUUGUGCUGGAGAGAAUCAAUGCGGUCUUCAGCAGCAUUCAAUGAGGUGCUGAUGUACAUACUGUCUGUUAGCAGAUGGAAAAUCAUAGCAUGUUUUUUUUGUUGUUUGUUUCAUUGUUGUUGUUUUUUUUAAUGUGUCCAUGCAAGGUGCAGCCUUUAGACAUCAGCCAAAGCUUGAGGAACUCCAUUCUUACUGGAUGUAGGAAACAGAUUGGCUACCAUAGAUAGCUUAAUCAUGUGGCAGAGCGGACAGAUCAUCAGUCUUGUGCAUUUUCACAUAUUUCCAAUUUUAAAAAUAUUUUACAAGCUCUCUUUGCCUGAAAGCACCUCAAGCCUUUAAUUUGGAUUUGGUUCAUAAAAGCCUGCACCCCCACCUGAAAUACAUCUAUUCACUAUCAGACUUUCACAUGGGUAUUCCAGCAGUGAUGGCAGCAUCUGGUGAUCAGAAUGAAUCAACAGGAAUUCUAUUAUUAUAUGUAUUAUUAUAUGUUUCCAUCCGUUUUAACAGUCUGUAAAUAGUUUGCUGUCCACACGUUGGGAGUAUGAAGCAGACUGCAUUCUGCCACACAAUAAAUGAGUUUGAUUUGGGGAUGCACUUACUACCGACUGCCCCAUUUCACUCAGUAUAAGAAGGAGACUGCAGUCUUGUCAAAUGGGAUGUACAAAUGUUUUCAAGGUUCAGUAAUGAAGGAUGUGCCUUUCACUGCUAUGCUUGGUAUCAAAAUGUGUACAGUAAUCCUGAACAAAGCAUCAUUAAAAAAGUCUUUAUUUA